AAUUACGCUUCUGUGAAUAAGAUGCAACACAGGAGAAGAGAAACAUAGAAAAGAAGCAAGAGAAAACAAAGAAGAAAAACAAUGGACAAUUCCUACCGCUAUCUCUUCCUCGUGUUACUCCUUUCAGCUCUGAUCAUCUCUUCAUCCACCGUCGAUGCGAGUGAAGGCCACAACCUCAACUGGGUCCCAACGAGAGCCAGAGGAUGCCAAGGAACGGUGGCAGAAUGCAUGGGAAACGAUGAGUUUGAGAUGGACUCGGAGAUCAACAGGCGGAUAUUGGCGACUAGCGACUACAUAAGCUACGAUGCUUUGGAGAAGGACAACGUACCAUGUUCCCAGAGAGGUGCAUCCUAUUACAAUUGCAAGACAGGUGCAGAGGCCAACCCUUAUAGCCGUGGUUGCAGUGCUAUUACUCGCUGCCGUAGUUGAGUGAUUUUUUGUUUAUCUUCUUAAACAACCACUGCAAUGUUUUGUGUAUGGUAUGUAGUUUGUUUAAUUGUUGUUUUUUCUUUUUGAAACGCAUGGUCAGUCUUGUUUUUACUAAAUGAAUGUGAAGGGUCACAUAUAAAUGCAGCAAUUUGUUUUUCCAUUGAUAUA